CGCCCCCACGCUGCCUCUUCCCUGCCCGCGCCGCUUCCCAGGCUCCUGCUCCUCCUCCGGUCCCGCUUCCCGGUCGGAGCAAAGUCGCCUCCGGGCGGAGCGGCCGCCCAGCGGGCGUCCCGGACCCAGGUGGCUUCCGCGUCAAGAUGGCUGCCGCGCGCCGCCCGCCGGCCGGGCCUCUGCUGCUGUACGCCGCGCUCUGCCUGCUGUGCUGGGCCCCCGCGGCCGUGCGCGCCGUCCCUGAGCCCGGGCGCUGGACAGCGACGGUCAGCGAAAAAUCAGGACCUUUGAUAUUUAGGAAAAUUAUGUUUAAUUCCACUGACAUCAAGUUUUCUGUUAAAUCAUUCAAAUGUCACGAGCCUAUGAAGUUUACCAUAGAGUGGUAUUUGAAGCAUUAUACCUGUCAAAAUGAAUAUGCUAAGCUGGAUGAGCAGUCACAAAAGCCUGAAAGUAUUGAUGAAGACUUUUGUGGUAAUUAUUUCAAGAACAUUGAAUGUUGGACAACAAAAAAUGAAAACAUAGAUUGCAACAGCGACUUACAGGUGUUUCCCUCAUUAUAUAAUAAAGAACUAAUUUCAAAUAUCGGAAAUGUUUCAAACCAGGAGGAACAAAUGGAUGUUGUUGCAAGAACACAUAGAGAUGGGUUUCACAUCCUUAUUAUUUCUAUUAAAACGGGAAAACCCAAUGCAAAAUGGAAUUUGAAUGUUUCUCUUUCUAUGAUGGGGCCGAAAGGAUAUCUCUCUGCAUCAGAUUGGCCUCUCAUGAUUUUUUACAUGGUGAUGUGCAUUGUCUACAUUUUAUGUGGCUUGCUCUGGCUGAUGUGGUCUGCUUGUUAUUGGAAAGAUAUAUUAAGAAUUCAGUUCUGGAUUGCAGCUGUCAUAUUCCUGGGAAUGCUUGAAAAAGCAGUGUUUUAUGCUGAAUACCAAAACAUCAACAGCACUGGGCUAUCAACCCAAAGUUUGCUGAUAUUUGCGGAGUUGAUAUCUGCGAUCAAGAGGACACUGGCCCGCCUCCUGGUGAUCAUCAUGAGCUUGGGAUACGGCAUCGUGAAGCCUCGCUUAGGGACAGUCAUGCACCGGGUGAUCGGACUGGGGCUUCUCUACUUCAUCUUUGCAGCAGUCGAAGGCGUGAUGAGAGUCGUUGGGGGUUCUAACCAUUUAGCUGUUCUUUCUGGUGACAUUGUUUUAGCAGUUAUCGACUCCAUUUUUGUGUGGUUCAUUUUUAUAAGUGUGGCACAAACUAUGAAGACCCUGAGGCUAAGAAAGAACAUGGUGAAAUUUUCUUUAUACAGGCACUUUACAAAUACGCUGAUCUUUGCUGUGCUGGCUUCUGUCGUGUUUAUGGUGUGGACAACUACAACAUUUAGAUUUGCAAAAUGUCGAUCAGAUUGGAUGGAAAGCUGGGUUGAUGAAGCAUUUUGGAGCUUCCUUUUUUCACUUAUCCUUAUGGUAAUAAUGUUUUUGUGGAGACCAUCAGCCAAUAAUCAAAGGUAUGCCUUCAUGCCCUUAAUAGAUGAUUCUGAUGAUGAAGUUGAAGAGUUCAUGGUAACAUCUGAAAAUUUAACUGACGGAAUAAAAUUAAGGACCUCAAAAAUGGUUUCCAAUGGAACUGCUAAACCACCUACUUCUGAUAAUUUUGAUGAAGAUUUGAAGUGGGUGGAAGAAAAUAUUCCCUCUUCAUUCACAGACGUAGCUCUUCCGGUAUUGGUAGAUUCAGAUGAGGAAAUUAUGACCAGAUCUGAAAUGGCAGAAAAAAUGUUCUCUUCAGAAAAGAUAAUGUGAAACCUAUUUAACAACUCCCAGGACUUAAAGAGGUCACACAACACAUAUUUAUGCCGUUAUCUUGGAAAUCUAUGUAUUCAAAUUAAGAAUUCAGUGGGUGGAUGGGUUCUGUACCCUUUUUAAGCUGGCUCUUGAAUGUCAGUUUAAUGCCCAUUAAAUUGCCCUACUUGGAAAUAAUCUUAAAAAAGUAUUUUGAUAAAACAUAUGCCCAAAAGCCCUAAGCUGAUGAGUGGCGGAUGUGUGGAUUGGGUUGUCUCUUUUUUCUGAAAAAUAUGGCAGUUCCAGAUUUAAGCAUUAUUUUUACAUAAACACUCCUACUAUUCUCCCACUGACCUUUGCGGCAAAUAAAGCAGGUCAAACACUGCCUCCAUCUCUGGGGUUUAUAGUCAUUAGAUGCCAUAGUAAUUUCCUUUGACUUUUAUACUGAAGUAACUUGAUAAUAAGAAAAUGGUUAACAUUGGGACAUCGGAUAUCUCUGUGGCUGGGAGCUGUGUGUGAGAGGGUGCGCACGUUUGCACAAGCCCUGUUUGUCAUCACUGUGCACAUCAAAUCCUGGACGUCUUCACUCUCUGAGCUCAGUGGACACAAUACAUGGAGAGAGUGGUCCUGAGGGUCACUUCCGAAGAUUGGCUCUGGCACUGUCCCCUCACUCAGGCUGUGCGUGCAUGUGCUGCUGCUGAACCUGCUGGGGCAGGAGGUGGACACCUGGCUACGUGGCUCCCCCAGAGCACGUCCUCCCGACCAGCUGGGUGUCCCUGUAGGAAACUAGAACCUUAUCUUGUAUGUCAUCUUGCAUAGUACUUCCCGGUACAGUACAUCACGGUUAGUCUUGUAAUUAAUGUCUUAACCUUCAACCAUGUUUUAUUCAUUAUUUUAUUAUGUGUAACUUGAAAAUUUUUGUUCUAAUUUUUCUAAUGCAGAACAUUCUAAAUCUGAAAGGCAAUUGGAAGUUGUCUGAUGGAAGUGUGAAUAUUUGCUGCUUUCCUGAUCAAAGCUGUAGGGCUAGUGGACAUUUAGAGUAGGACUUAAAGCUAGAAUCAGGCAUGUCUUUCUUGUGAGUGAAGAAGGAUCCCAGAGAUUUUGAUUGAGAAGCUUUACAGUACAAACACUUAAAUAUAAUCUUUCUUUUUAAUUUCAUUGUGAAGCCACAAAACAACCUUUUUUCUUUGGAAUUUACUUCUCAUUUACCCAUUUCACAGGGGCUAGUAAAAGAGAUUCAUUUCCACUAGUAAUGUCUCUUGAAAGAUACUUUCAACUUUGUUUUCAGUAGUGAAUAUCACACAGUGUUGUGCUGAGCAGGAUGUGGUGGUCAAGGUGCCAUCCCUUUGGGACGUCCUUCCUAGGAGAGUGCCCGGUUUCAGUGUGGGUUCCAUUCCUCUCUCAGUGUCUGCCUCAGUCGUGGGCACCCACCUGUACAUUUCGCAGCAUUCAUGUCCUUCCCGGGGGUGUAUUUCACCCUUACCCCAAGUUGUUUGAGACCCAGAGGUGACCACUGUCCUCUUGUCCCUAAAAUUUUACCUAAUGCCACUGCCCAGAUUUCGAGUCAGGUUCAUUCCCAACUCAUACGGUUGUAGCUGAAUUCUGAAUGCAGAAUCCUGGGCGGCCAGCCAGUAGGAGCUGCCAGCCAGUGGGGUGGGAGUGGGAACAAUGGCCAGUGUGAGACAGGAAACUGCCUCUGACGUAACCCCGAUAGUGUUUAUAAAAACCCUGUGCUCUGUAGCUGGAAAAAUAAAUGUUGGACCCUGGAUGGCUUAGCCUGAGGCUGAAAUGCAGGCUUUCCUCGUUACCCAGAGAAAGUAGGUUCCCUCCUGAUGGCCGGUCAGAAAUACUGUUUUCAAAGGCAUCCAUUGUGCCCGUCACUGUCAGUGAUCAUUGUGUCCUCGGUUGAUACCUGUGUCCUGAAUAGAGGAUUCCUGUGGAGGGCCUUCUGAACCCCCUCAUGUGAAAAGGAGGGGGCGCCCUAGGGUUGAGUAGUUCAUACAGAGGACCUGGGGAGAAGUGACACCCAUGGCCACCAUGCAGCUGUCAUCCUGCUUCUGCAUGAAGGUUCCAGAAACUGGCCAUCCCAAUCAGAUUAAUUUCUUAGGAUGCCGUCAAGAUGGGUCUUCCUAUUAAUGAAGGGAUCCGAGGGCCAGAGUCCACUUUUGUUUUUCUAGGCAAAAUGCUUAGAAAAGCAUUUGCAAUCCAUGUUAGAUGUAUCUGCUGUGUAAAAUUACUUAAAAGGGAAUUUUUGUGUGAUUUGAGUUCAUUGGUAGCUGCUUUAAAAGAUAAGUUAAUUUAUUUCAAAAAUAAGAAAAAAUAGAUGAGUAUGUGAAUUUUUAAGGCUGAGAGGUAAUGUUUCCAUACUUUUCCUGUGAAGAAAAUAAUUUUUUAAAUCUUUCAUGUCCUGUAGAGAAUAUCGACUUGCCCCCUGUAAUAUGGUACAUUAUGUUUGCACUACUAGAAUAUCGAGACUGAAGUGUAAAAAAAUGGACAUACAAGGUGAUUUUUAUAUCCUUUUCUAAAAAGGGGUUUGCAUCUACUGUGCUAGGCUGCACAUGACUGGUCUAAAGUUGAGAUGUGCUAGUUUAUAAGUCACUGGGUUUGGUACUUGUGUCUUUGCUUGAUCAACAGCAUGCAAUAAACAGUACGAAACACCAGGCCUUAUACUGAUAAUUAAACUCCUCAGCACAUCAAAUGUAUAUAAGUGACAAAUGAGACUUUUAAGGACGUGUACAGAUAACACAGGGGCUCACUAUACACUAAGAAGCUUCCUUAGAACUAGGAAAACAUGUAUUUGGGGAGAAAGGUUAGGGGCUUAAGAAGUUAUAUUUUUCUAUUUUAAAUGGUUAAAUUAUUGUAUAAUUUGGAAAAAGUUGCUUUGAAUGUAGGACAAAACUAUUUCAAAGAUUUUUGUUUGAAAAAAAGGAUAUAUUUUGUGCCUUAAUAUUUGUUGUGACUUUUAAUAAAUUGCUUUCUGAA